CGAAAAGUCUGUGACGUCGUCGUGACGUUACGCGCGGCGUCAGAGCUGGCUGGCUUCGCUGGUUUCCGCAGGAAGCGCGCGUCGCCCUCCCCGCCCCCUCUCCGUCUGCGUAUAAAGAUGGCGGCCUCCAUGGCCGCUCUUUCAUUCGCGCGUCGUCUGCUUCAGCGCGGAGCGUGUUUCGUGGUGCGUCGUCGUGGUCGCGGCAGCGUUUGGUGAAAACUUUUUUUUUUCUCUGGUUUCGCGACUCGAACCUCGUCGGGACAAGACGGAGCGCUGCUACAAGGAAGGAUUUCGGUGGGACCGCAGACGGCGACAUGGUGAAACGAACAGACGAGAGCUCGGGGAUUGAUUCGCUAUCGACUUCGUGGACAGCCGACUCCUUCCCUGACGCUUCUCACGAGAUGAAGCUGGACGUGCCCACGUUCAUCAAUCCGGGGUUUCAAGAGGAUGAGAAGAAAGCCAUCGAAGCCAACGGACAUACAAAUGGCGCCGUCGCAAAUGGCGCAGUUCACCCCCACGUGCCCAUGGAACUCAGGCCGGUUGCCGACGAGGUCGACUCUUCGGCGCCUAUCGAGAGGGGCCAGUGGGGCAGCAAGGCCGAGUUCAUCCUGUCCUGCAUCGGGCUGUCCGUGGGAAUCGGCAACAUCUGGAGGUUUCCCUUCCUGGCCUACCAGAACGGAGGAGGCGCUUUCCUUCUGCCGUACGUCAUUCUCAUGCUGCUUGUGGGCAAGCCCAUGUACUUCAUGGAGGUCGCCGUCGGUCAGUUCACAAGCCUCGGUCCGAUGUCCAUCUGGAGGUGUGUGCCUAUCGCCAAGGGCGUGGGAGCAGCCAUGGUGGUUGUGUCGCUAAUCGUGGCCGUGUACUACAACGUCAUCCUGGCCUACACCGUGUUCUACAUGGCGCAGAGCUUCCGCUCCGUGCUUCCCUGGCAGGACUGCUUCGAGUGGUGGGGCGCCGACCCGGAGACCUGCUACGUGCGCACCACCAACGUGGAGCGCUGCGUGUCGGUGGAAGGCAACCUGGUGCGAGAGUACAUGAACAUCACGAACGUCACGAACGGCGUUCAGAUUGUGGCCAACAACCUGACAGCCGUUGUUCCGACCGACGUCUUCACCUCGAGAUACGACAACUGCACCAACGCGACGCAGACAGCCAGUCAGCAGUUCUGGGAGCGUUACGUCCUAAACAUCACAAGCGGCAUCGACGACCUGGGCGUCAUUCGCUGGGACCUGAGCCUCUGCCUGUUGGCCAGCUGGGUCGUCGUCUUCCUCUGUCUCAUGAAGGGAGUCAAGUCCACCGGAAAGGUUGUAUACUUCACAGCGACCUUUCCUUACCUCGUGUUAAUCAUUCUGCUCGUCAAGGGAGUCACCCUCCCGGGAGCUGUGGAAGGAAUCAAGUACUUCAUCAUUCCCGAGUGGCACAGGCUCCUGGAGAUCGACAUCUGGCGCGCGGCAGCAGAGCAGCUCUUCUAUUCACUCGGCAUCUCUUGGGGAGGCAUCAUCAUGUUCGGCUCGUAUAACAAGUUCAGCAACGCGGUGCACAGAGAUGCUCUAUUCGUGAGCUCGAUGGACUUCAUCACCAGCAUCAUCGGCGGCAUUGUCAUCUUCUCUGUGCUCGGCAAUAUGUCUACCGAGCUCGGCAUCGACAUCAAGGACGUCGCGAAGGCCGGCCAAGGCCUGGCGUUUGUGGCCUACCCUGAGGCACUGUCCCGACUCGUCGUUCCCCAACUGUGGUCCUUCCUCUUCUUCUUCAUGCUGUUCCUGCUUGGAUUGGACAGUGAGUUUGCACUGCUGGAGACCUUCCUGACCGCAUUCUACGACGAGUUUCCCAGGUCCAGGCGGUACAAGAUCCCUCUCACUUUCGGAAUCUGCCUACUCUGCUUUCUCCUUGGUCUGCCGUGCGUCACACAGGGCGGUCAAUACGUCCUGAAUCUGAUGGACACCUACGCCGGAGGCGGCGCCGUUCUGUUCAUCGCCAUCUGUGAAAUCGUCGGGCUCAUGUGGUUCUACGGUAUGAACCGCUUCUGUGCCGACCUGAAGCUCAUGCUGGGACACGACAUUGGCUGGUACUGGAAGGCCAGCUGGCUCGUCAUCUCGCCUUGCAUCCUAGGGUUCCUAUUCAUCUACGGUCUAGCCCAGCACAAGCCCAUCACCUACGACGAUGUCGUGACAUACCCGUCGUGGGCCGACGGCGUCGGUUGGUUUCUGGCCCUGCUGUCCAUGGCGCAGAUCCCCAUCUGGGGCGUCAUCGUGUUGCUCAAGAACUGGAAGAAUCCCAGAAAGGCCUUCCAGCCAGACCGCAAGUGGGGCCCGGGAGACCCCAUCGAGAUGCAGCUCUACCGCGGCCAGGGCGGCGGCGUUACGAACCUCGGCUUCCAGAGCCGCGACGCCUACCACUACUGACGCUGAACCAAAGAACUCCCUCCGUGUCCAGUGGCGCCGACUCCGGCCCCGCUGGCUCUGGCAUGCAAAUAGGCUCAAGCAAGCGACGUUGUUUCGAAAGCUGUGCUCCCCCUCCUCUUAGGGCAUGGGUUUGUCACAGAGCAACGAUCAUCAUCACCCUUGCGCCGUGUUUCUUUCCUUGUUGUACAUUACUGCCAGGAACGCCCAUCGGCGUGUUAUACGCGUUCAGCAACCUUCCUCGCCGAAAAGUACCGGGCGCACAUCAUUGAAGCAUACGCGAAUGCACGCGCACAAGAUAGAUCACGGUUGAUGGCGGUCGGAAGCGUGCGAACAAGAAAUUGCGUUUGCUUUGCUGGCCGCAGCGCGCUUAGCACUUUACUGUCAUGAACCUGCAUGGACCUGCUGGCGUCCAGCAGCGUUCCUGGCAGGAAAGUAGCGAGCGCAUGGCGUUACAGUAUAAGCAAAUGCACUGGCAAUAUUGAUGACGGCCAAUGGCUAUCCCAAGAUGUACACGAGAAAUGCACAAUGUUGAUGACGGCUGCUGCUGUUCGACAAAGUUACGCCCCAAGGGGUGCAAAAUUUUAGAAGAGUGCGAGUGGGUUCGCAAGAUGUGUAACCGCCACGAAAUGUCACAUUGUUGCCCACACCGGUUUUUGCGCCGAUUUUAUCGACAGACUUUCGCCUUCUGCGCCGAGACGCCUGACUGUGUGAUUUUAUAACAGAACUCUAUGAGCGUGUGCUUCAGUGUGGCCGUUGAGGGCUUUGUUGUACAUAGUUUACAGAGCGGAAGUGAACGUGUUUUGCUAAGGUUUUGCUAUAGGGUACCUCCGUGAGGUCACCUACGGGUAAGCAGGCUAGAAAGAGGAAAAAGAAAAAGGGAUGUCACGUGGUAAUUCCGUCCUUUUUUUCGUGUACCUGACUCUCCGAGGUGACUGCAUACCGCUUCUCGCGUUGCUUUCGGCAGCCGAAUAUAGCAUAUGUGCGUCUUUGCUGUCGUCACGGCUUCACAGCGCAACAGGAGACGCUGAGUAAAGACAAAAACCUGAAAGGGGGCAGGGCGCAAAUGAUUUCGCAGCACUGAAUGCGCGCACACACAAUUUUUAAAUAGAGCUAUUGUUCAAUGCACGUUUUUUACAAUGAUACUUUUCCCGUAAGCUCCCUCCCCGUAAAACACUGUUCCGUGAAACGUGCCUUAUGUGAAAGUUUCUUUCCUACGAAGCUUAACGCCGCAAAGCUCUUCUGCGAACGCAUUUUCGCGGAGCCCUUUCUGCAACUUAAUCUUAUAGUUACGACGUUCGUUGGGCCCACUGAUCGGUUAGGCUUAACUAUAACUAAAGGGUUUCUGCAGGAGCCAAGCGCGGUACUGGUAUGUAGGGCACCCCUGCGCGGGCGUACAAGCCUCGGAGGCGGUUAUGCGCCUGCGCAGUGGCGACGAGCUUGUUAUCGGAUGCUUUCUAACCGGCGCCUUAUUCCGUGAGCCCGCUAAAAAAAUUUCAAAAGUACUCCCGCUCAGUCGGUUCUCGUCGUUUCUCGUUACGCUCGAACAAGUGCCCACCGUGAGUCAUACAGUCACGUUAUCACGCGUUCUGUGCGAGCAUAUGAGCGGUCGCUGACCCGCAUUACUUAAUUUUGCAGUGACGUGCCUCGUCAUCACAAAUCAUUUCCUUCCGAUUAUAUUGUUUUAAUUUGAUUCAUCCAUGCCAUUUAGUGUACUUAGGUGUGAUGUUUUAUGCGCACGGGGCGUUGCACAAACGGCGAGGACUUGUAAUGCCGUGGCCACCCUUGACCGUUCUGUCCUAGUCUGUGUUUGCCGCGCUCAAGCCGGUGUCAGCGCUUGUAGUGGUCAUUGUAGUGGUCAUUGUAGUGGUCAUUGUAAUGGUCAUUGUAUAUUGGUCAUUGUAGUGGUCACUUGUGUCGCUCACCUGUGCUUCACCUCCUAGUGUGUUUUCUGUGCGCUUAUGUUUGUUUUAUAGCUACGUGAAUUCAGAAUACGUUUUUAGUUCCUUAGUGAUAUUUUACCUCAUUCAUUAGCGAAGUCGCUGUUCGACGAACACGUCAUCAUUCACGAUAACCUAUCAGACGUCGACCCUGCAAAGAUAUCCACUGCGCUGCUGUUUGUCCGCGCUGCCGUAUGUGGAUGUUAAUGCAUAAAAAAACCUUGUCGUGCUCAAAACUAAACCAGAAGGCUACUUUAGUUGCGUUGUAUCGCAUCGAAAAUGUUUCUAAAUAAAACCUGCUACAGCGUUUUUGUAUUGGCAUUCGGUAUACCCGUAUCGCCAUAGUGCGAAAGUGAAAUAACCGCAAAGCAUUUGUUUAGCUUGCAUCCUGAAAACAAACGCAAAUCCGUGAAAACUAACUCGACUUCGUCGUUGUGUCGACAGUGCACGGCAUUUUGCCAACCCAUAUACGUUGCUUUUAGAUUUAACAAUGUCCUUUCGCAUGCAGGUCCAUGCGAUUUAGCAGCUAGGAAUCGAGAAUGUGCUGUGUGUAAAUAGGUGUAAGAUAAGUGUGUGUAUUUACCUAUUUAUUACUGGUGUUUGAUUGCCCUUCAAUGAAUUUUCGAAGUAAAUAAAUCUGGAGUGUUUUUAAAUAAA